UCAAUCGCUAACACCACUAAGGCACUAAUUGCACGAGGAACAUUGCCAUCAAAACCCUACAUUCCGGCCUCACCAAAAGUCUUGCUUCCCAGGGGUCAUGUGACGACUUAAUCAUCGUAAAGCUCUCCCGUAAACAAAGCUAGUAAUAAGUAUGCCAUAGAGAAAUAAAGCUAUUAAGUAUUCCAGAAAGUUGAACUAGCAUAGAUGCAAUAAGAAGCGAAACAUGAUUUUAAAGCAAAAGUGGGUUAACUGGGAGUGGAAGCUAGUAAAGGAGGAGAGAAUGGUAAUGCAAGAGACCCGGAGGAAUACCAAACCCAGUGAAGUGGGUGGGAACCUGAGAAGAAUUAUGGGUGCUAGGGAUAGACUGAAGUUUUUUUGCUUUGAAGAGGGUUAUGUUUUGAAUUUAUAUGGGCUUUGUGAAAUUAGGCCGUCGGGGUUAGAGCGACUAGGAUGAACACAGGCUCGAGGCUAAUGGGCUUUUUAUGGAAGGAGUUCAGAUAAGUGGGCCUAGUGUCUGAAAAGGCCGGAAGAUGAAGCCUAAAUAUUUUUCUUCCAAGCGAAGGAAAAUAUUCAAGCACUAUUAAUAUGGAUUAUUUUUCUAAGAAAAAUAUUUGUUAAAAUAAAAGCAUAGAUAUGGAUAAUUAGACAAGGGGGCCCAGACGUCAAAGGCACAAUAAGCGCCGCGUCUUCUCUCAACAAGAUUUGACAGAUAAACCAUCUACCGCCGCGGAUCUAACCUUCCAAACCGUCAUCGAUCUCUCCCUCCCUUUCAACAAUCAAGAUCGUGCCCCGAUCGGUUUCUGAAAUUUAUAGAUGGCCUGAAUUCUUCUCCUGGUGUGCUUUCACUAACGAUUCCGUUUGUUCGCCCGUGAAUAUCCAGUUCCUCGAACCAUGGUCAGCGGUUAACUGAGAGGCUGAUAAAGGAGUCGAUUCAUACAAUUCGGCUCGACAGUCGGCUCUACUCUGCUUAUGAGUCAUGGUGAACUCUAGCGGAGACCCCGACUCUAUGCUUGUGGUGGGCCCACCAUUGACUGACAUGCAGUUACGCCGACUCUGCCACUUGUGAUUAGAUAUUUAGAUAUUUAGAUAUAUAUCCAGUUAUGUGAACGUUUUCUCCGGAUAUUCUCUCUCAAAUAAUUUCCUGUUACAUUUUCUCGAGAGCCAAACAUGACCAGUUCUACAGUUUCUCUUGUUCUCUUCGACAAGUAAACCUGUUUUCUUCCCCUUUCCCGUGUGGGUUGAGUAAAAUCUUGAGGAGUUGGACCUCCCAAUGACGACAAUUUCGGUUCAAAGAUAUGGAUUCUUGAAUUUCCCCAACAAUUCGUUGGGAAAUAAUCGCAAGUUUCACAGAAUCGCUGCUUCGUGGACAAUGACACUGGAUUCUAAAUCUUUCUAUUCGAGGAAUAAGAAGGAGGAACUCUCAAUACAGAUCCCAACACCAUCAUUUCCUCAAACUGAAACAUCAAUACCACAUGGUUUACGGUUUGAUCGCCUUCAGCCAUCUGAUGAGGAGUUGAAUCUGCCAAACAAACUUGAAUUCGGACGUUUUGUUUCCCGACAGGCAGUGCUUGAUGAAGAAAUGUGGACAGCAGCAUGGCUGCGGGCAGAAUGUCAUUACGAGCAUACGGGAGGAAGAUAUGUUGCUAACUACAAAAGGAAAUUUGCAGAUCAGGAAUACCAUGCUAUCAAGAGGAGAAGUGCAAGUAAGCUCGGACAGAAAUGUACAUGCUUUGUUACGGUGAGAAAAGAAGUGAAGAAUGUAAAAUGCACUGUAAUCAAGAGUGUGGUUGCAACUGUUGAUUUGAGCAUCCGAUUCUUACUGCAUGGAGAGACCUUUCCUGGGGAAAGGGGGAAGGCCUCUGUCUUCUGCUGCAUAAAGAGAGAAGGGCAGAGAUAUGGCUAUAUUGCAAAUUUAUGUGUUGCCAAAUGGGCACGUCGCAGGGGAAUUGCAGUCAACAUGUUGCAUUUUGCUAUAGAAUCGGCCAAAUUCAAUGGCGUUGAACAGGUGUAUGUUCAUGUGCACAGAAAGAAUAAAGCUGCACUGGAACUUUAUGAAAGAAUGGGGUUUGAGAUAGUUGAGAUGGCAACCUCGCAAUUGUUGGAAGAUCAGACUUACUUGCUUUGUCUAAGGUGGUGAGAAUUUAUUGAAAAAACAUGACCUGUAACUAUUCUUUGUGUGGCAAAAGUGGGUUUGUACACAAAAAUAUGUUGAAUACUCUGUUGGCAGGCUAUGUACGGCAAACUGCGAGACUGGAGGCCUAGAAAUUACUUUGUUCUUUCUUAUAUUUGUGUGAUGGUAGGAAAAUUGUAUAGAGAGACAGGUAAAUCUUCCACAGUGUUGCCAGAGAGAACUGACUACUGAGAUUUCCAAAAAUAUAUUUUGCUCAAGAAAUUACAGUUUA